CUACGGCCGCCGCCAGAGCCUCAAGCUCCCAAACCAAACCCUUCCCACACCCUCCGCCGCCGCAGCCACACCACAGCAGCCAUGCCGCCCAAGUUGGACCCAUCUCAGGUGGUGGAGGUCUUCGUCCGCGUGACGGGAGGCGAGGUCGGCGCGGCGUCGUCGCUGGCACCCAAGAUCGGCCCGCUCGGUCUCUCCCCGAAGAAGAUCGGUGAGGACAUCGCCAAGGAGACCGCCAAGGACUGGAAGGGCCUCCGCGUCACCGUCAAGCUCACCGUGCAGAACCGGCAGGCCAAGGUCUCCGUCGUGCCCUCCGCCGCGGCGCUCGUCAUCAAGGCGCUCAAGGAGCCCGAGAGGGACAGGAAGAAGGUCAAGAACAUCAAGCACAGUGGCAACAUCAGCCUCGACGACAUUGUCGAGAUCGCCAAGACCAUGCGGCCCAGGUCCAUGGCCAAGGAGAUGGCCGGCACCGUCAAGGAGAUCCUCGGGACCUGCGUCAGCGUUGGGUGCACCGUUGAUGGCAAGGACCCCAAGGACCUGCAGCAGGAGAUCGAUGAUGGUGAGGUCGAGAUCCCCUCCGCUUAAAGGCUAUUCAACUAAGGAGAUCAUCAGACACUGUUGAAGUCUUUGUUCCAAAUGCUAUUUUUGUACCUUUGGAUCCCGCCUAUAUUUGUGUGCACUAGUAGUUAAUCUUGUGAUAAGACUUCGAUGUUUCUAUCCUGCAUCUAGGUUAUGUUGUGAGUUCGGAAUGGAGUUUUAAGCAUCAAAAUGCAACUUGAUCAGUACAUCCUGUCUGGCGAAAGUUUCAUAUUCCAA